ACUCAAACCCGGAAACUCCUGCAUUCUCGUUCCAUCCCCAACGGUCGACCCAACAACCCGCCAUGGCCGCCGCCACCGCCCGCACCGGCCUCCCACCGGCGGAGGACGAUCCGCUCGAAGGGGCAGAAUCGGAGUCGGAGGAGGAGGUGGAGAGCGACGAGGAGCGAGGCGAUGAUGGGUCGGGGGCUGAGACCCUCGCCGACCUCUACGGCCCCGACGCGGGGUCCGACGAGGACCCCUCCUUCGACCCCGCCGCCGACAAGCUGGCCGUGGGGGAGGCCGCGCUGUGGGCCGGGAUGGCCCGGCUGUCCAUCUCCGCGCGUAAGGGCAGGAAAGGACCCGUGGCGCUAGAGGUGGGAAAUGAGGACACUGAUCUUUUGGCGAUGGUGGACAAGUUGAUGCGCGAUGGCCAGUUGGAGAAAUUGAAGGUUUAUGAAUGCAAAGCAUACCUGAGGAUUCAUAAGUUGAGAUUGGGAGGCAAGAAAGAAGAGCUUCUAAAUCGUAUCAGGGAUCACACUGAGGUCAAAAAUUCGGGAGACGUGAAGUAUCCAGUCUCAAGCUUUGUUCUGAACUGUAAAGGUGAUGCAUGCAAAGGUGAUGUGGUGAUGUUUGAGCAAAAUAUUUACAAAAGGAAAAAGGGAGAUCCUCGUGGAAUAAAGGGUCGUCUAUGCGGUCAGAGAACAAACGCUGGUCGAAUAAUCAAAGAAAGCUAUGGCACUGCAAAGCAACAGCAUACAUUCACUGUUGAGAUUUUCUGGAGUAAAGGCUACAAACCAUGGCCUCCCCUUCAUCCUCUCCUCAUAAAGGGCAGAAAUCUUUACAAGGAUAAGACCAUGAGACAGCCAUGGCCUGAUGAACAGGAAAGGAGCAGAGUCCUACAAGAAAAACAUGCAAGAGGGUUCCAGGCACGUAAGUCAAGGGACGUCAGGAUUCAUGAGAAAGAGAUUGACAAGAUGAGAAGAUUUAAUAGGCUUAAAGAUAACAAGAGUAAAGGGAAAGAGAACAUGAAUCAAAUAUCAUCUCAAACUGUUGUUCCGCAACAGAAGGUUGUGUCCACGGAUACUGUUGAUCAAAGAUUCAACAAAGGGAGGACUGAUUCCCUCCAACAAGGUGAACCUGAGAAAGCAAGGCAGCAGCAGUUAUCUUCAAAACAAAAUCCUGCAGUUCAUUUGUUCCAUCAGCAGUUCCUCAAUCAGGGUCCUUCCGUCCAACAUGGCAAACCAGAGAAAACAAGGCAGCAGCAAAUACUGGCAAGGCCCAGCCCUGCACAGCAAAUUUUCAAGCACCCAGCGCAACACGACAAUCAUAGGCCUACUCCUGCACUGCAAAUGUUCAAGAACCCACAGGGACACAAUAAUCAACUUCAGCAACAAAAUAAAGUGCUUCCGCAGGUGGGUACAACAAAAACUUUCAGCAUACUUGGUCAGGCCCCUUGCCUUCAGUAUGGAGGAUCAGGGAAUGCAGUUCAGCAGCAGAAAUUAUCAAAACCAACUCCUACCGAGCAGAUCAGAAACCAGUCACAGCCCCUCAAACAUGAGCACCAAAAUUUAGUGCUUCCACAGGAGGAUGCAAAGAAGGGAACUAACAAAGUACAUUCCAUUGAUCACGGCAAGGCCCCUUGCCUUCAGUAUGUGGGAUCAGGGAACGCGAGGCAGCAGCAAUCAUCAAGGCUAGCACUUCCACAGCAGAUCAAAAAUCCACCACAGCCCCCCAAACAUCAACACACUGAAGUGCUUCGGCAGGAGGAUGGAAAUAGAACUUACAGAGUAGAGCCCGUUGAUCGUCAGAAUAACAAUUACCAUAACACAAGGUAUGACGUAACAGCAUUCCAGCGUCAUGGGACUCAGCAUGCAAAGACACACCAGCAUGGCUCCAACGGCCAUCCAUAUGCUCACGUUGAUAGCCAAUGGCAUCAACCUCUCAGGCCUAGAAUUCAGGAUUUCUCUUCAAGAAACCAAGAAGGGGAUUAUCGCGAUCAUAGGCAAACGACUCGAGAGCAGUACAAUCCUCAAGGGAGACAUCAUCACAAUCAGUAUGGUCAUGGGCAAAUGAUUCAGGACCAGUAUCAGCCCCAAAAGACCCAUCAUCAGAAUGGGCACGAUAGCUGGAGAAUGAACCACAACCAGUAUCACCCCCAGGAGAACCAUGCCCAGCAGUUUCCAGCACCAAAGGCCUGCCGCUACUACCAGCAAGGGUUGUGGUGCCCCUAUGAGGGAAGCUGCAAAUUUUCCCAUGGCAGCUGAAGGGUAGCAGUACUUUGUGCAGUCACUUGAAAAUUUGAAGGUGAAGACUCCCAUUUUGUCAGUCAACUUGUGUUGGCAAGCAAGGCUACAAGUUUUUUGCUUCUUUCUUUUGGUUUGUCACGCCUCUUUAAUCAGAUGUUUUGGAUUGAUCGAUUAUAGUUUAUAAAAGGAUUUUCAUUCAUAAUUAUGGUUUAUAAAUGGAUUUUGCGAUGA